AUGACUGCCAUCCUCCCCAACGUGGAUGAUGCCCACCGGGUGGACCCCAACGAGUUCGGAACGAGCUGGCACCCGUCCAACACCAAUCUCGCGUUGAGAUCUCCCCUUGGAGGUCAUGUAUUUGAACCGCUGACCGCUCUGGGCUGGGUGAAGCCCGUCGAUAAGCUUCUCAGUGCGCGAACCUAUAGCAUUGUAGGACCCUUCGGGCACGAUGUCAUCUCAGGAGAAGCUACCAUCGAACACUGCCGCAACAGCAAAACAGAGGUUGUCAUCAACCCUCAAGACAUACAAGAGCUGCUCUCGGGCAAAGCGGUAGUGAACGGCCUUGGCGUUAUCGUGGAUUUCUACCUCGAAGACGUAGACGAAAUCAGUGGGUGGGAACUGACCGUCAAUGCCAAACAUGAUUGGUUUGACCCUCGUGACGAAGAACUUAAGGAAUUUGUGAUUACAUAUCACUUCGGUUUACUUACUCCAAUCGAAUUCGACUGGCCGCAGAUUGCGGUGGGCGCGAAAAUGGCGCUCCAUGGUUACGUUCUUAGGAAAUGCCCUGAGUCUGGACGUUUUAUUGUAAAACAAAGGAAUCUCGUCUGUCAGGAUCCAUCAAACCAAUGUGGAAUUGGUGUUGGCACUUCAGGAGGAAAUGGACACCAAAAUGCUAUUCAUAUACAACAAUGCUCACUCUUAGACCUUUGGCCAAAAGGUCUAUCUAAGAGUGAGAUAUGGGAGAGACAACAACCAAGCCUUUCAUGA